AUGGGCUUCAACGAUGUGCCUAUAGCGUCAUCAGCUCUCCGCGACAACGCGACCGCCGACAAACUCUGCCUUAUCAACCUUCGAAAUAUGCUUCCUCUUCGCAAAGCAUAAUUCGCACGACGCGUCCUCUGCGCACGGACAGAUCAGCAGGGCGCUCUCUCUUCUGUUAUUUAUUUAGCCUUCCCUCCCCCCCGACUCUUCUUUCUUUUUCCUAUCUUCUCUUCAUCGUAGAGUUCAUUCAAGUCUCUGCCAUGGCGCUGAUGCUAGCAUCUGCCGCAAUUUCCGGCGUUGGGCUCUUUGUCUACAGAAGCUCAAGUCGCCUUCACACAGCCUGUACCAAUUUUCUUCCAGAUUAUGAGGCCCAAGAUUCCGAUGAUGGCAUUUCUCGCAAACGUCGCAAGGUCAGGCGCCCCGAGGUCCUCGGCAACUCUGAGAAAACAGAACCACCUAUCCCAACAGAGACAUAUUUCGACGCCCUUGAAAGCGCCACAGAGCCCCCAAAGGAACACGAGGUUAAUGACAACACUUCCAUUACUUAUUACAAGGACGAAGACACCGACUUCCUUGACUAUCUAGAUAUGGAAGCUGGCGGCCAGGAGGAUAUGUGGCCUGGGCCCGGACCCCUGGUUUAUAAUAAGGCAAAGCCAGGGCCGUCACCAAGUGUUUCUUCCAUCGGCGACAUCUUUGAAGAGCUUGGCAUUUCAGCCUUCGAUCUCAACGACGGAUAUGAAGACGACGAACCCAAGAUUACUUGGAUUGACGACGAUAACGAGCUUAAUGAGCUUGCUAGAGGCUUGGCUCAGCGUUACCGAUCAGCUCGCGCAGGGAAGCAACCAGUUGUAGCACCACCAGCGCCAAAGCCCGAUCCUGCCGGACGAAUCGAAGAGCUCAUGGCCUUGCCCUCCGUCGAAACCCUCAAGAUCAGCGACGAAUCAAAAGCCGAGGUCGAGACUUUGCAAGCAAAGGCAGCAGAAACUCGCCUGGUUGACCAACAACGUGAGAAGCUAGCCAAGGAGAGGUUCCUGCGAGACCAGGCCCUGCAAAAGUUGAAGGAAAGAACAGCCAAGGGACCUCGUCAACCCGUGGUGGCUCCUCUCAGCGACCAAUGGAUAGAGAAGAUUGUGAAUACGAUUGAGCUUUCAGAAACAGAUGUGGUGGCCACAACAUGUCAGGGAACACCUCUUCGCCGGCACGAUUUCGCCACAGUGGUUGCAGCUAAGACCUGGCUGAACGACGAGAUCGUCAACGGAGCACUCGCAGAGUUGGAGAAGCAAAUCAACUUGGUGGCUGGCAUCACCGACUACAAGCAACAGGGUCGCAAAUGCCUUGUUAUGAAUUCAUUUUUCUGGCCUCGAGUCAAAGAGGCAGGCGGCAAAAAGACACAAUCCAUCCUCCGUCGCAUGGGCGUCACUCCGAAAAACCUCUUAUUGAUGGAUACAAUCCUGAUUCCUAUCUGCCAAGAGUAUCACUGGACACUUGUGGUGGUUCAGCCCAAGCAACGAAAAGUGAUGCACCUCGACUCAUUCAACCGACCCUCAUCUCACCCCAAUUUGGCACUCGCAUGGAUGUCAGACUAUUUGGGCGAUCUCUAUCAUGCCAAGCCAUGGGAGGUGGUUGUUUUGAAGACCCCUCAACAGAACAACGGCUACGACUGCGGUGUACACGUCAUUACAAACGGCGUCUGUCUUGCUUUGGGGCUCGACCCCCUCCAGAGCUACAAUGUGGGGGAAAUGGCCCUCCAAAGGCUGAGAAUCGCGGGAAUGUUGUUGAACGGGGGGUUUGUGGGGGAUUUUGACCUCUGGCAGCAGUAGCUGCGUUUUUUUUCGUUUUUUUUUUCGUUGUUGUUUUGUUGUUUUGGUUUUGUUUUCUUUAGUUUUAGCAAGGCGUUGGGAGAGUCGGGUAGUAUAAUAUAUCUUUUCAUCGCAAUGAACAAAUGUUUUGGGACAUGGACAGGAAUAAGACAGCAUAUUACUAUACCAGAGACAUGGGCAGACGAUACGGUACGACUAAGUAGACAACAAUGGGUUACAUAUUUCCAAUUGAAUACGCUACUGUAGUUUACAUCUGGUUCAAGCGUCUUGUACUGUGACUGCUCUGGUCACGGACACUAC